UAAUAUAUCAGCGACCUACCUGUCAAUCUCUGACGACGCUUUCUCUGCGAGCGUGGUUUCACUUUACGUCGGAUUUUUCACGGACACUCGCCUCCUUUCGCCGACGAUCAGCGGCCGGUCACGAGCGGGCAAUAUAAACGCAUGUUAUAUAUGGAAAAAAAAGUAAGGGGAGGCAAGAAAUAAAAAGGAAAGAGAGACGAAGCUCUCGAGGAUACGAGCUGACGAACGAACGAAAAGGAAAGGGCGAUAUCCGGCGGAGGGUUCCCUCGGGUUAGCUCGCGAGAGAGAGGGAGAAAGUAUGCAGUCGAUACAUUGUAUAAAAUCUGGCCGAGUGAAAGCGUUUUAAAAAAGAAGAAUCAGCAUGAUCGACGAACUUUGUCUUUUACGAGGAAGAUCUCUUAUUCGGGAUUCUCUCUCGUAGUAAUCAUCUUAUUUGCGCUCCUCGUGGCUCGUCGAGCGUAAUUUCGGAAAGCCGUCGUGCCAACGGAACAAGAAUUCACUUCCGGCGAACCGGAAGAAGAAGGAAGUCAUCCAAAGACGCUUGUGUCGAUAUAAUCGAUUCGAUGAUCUCUACCGGCCAUAAAGCUACCUUCCGAGAACAAUAAGGAAAAUCGGCGCGAGUGUAGUAACCAUGUGAUUAGUAUACUUUAAGUUAACGAGAAAUACGCAUUUCUUUAUCCAAUUUCUUGAUUUGAUAAACUACCAGAAGCGUUUCCCAGCAAUAUGCAGCGCGGAACGUGAAAGCGACGUGAAGAACUGGAAGAAUCGAGUUUCGUUGCUUCAGCCCUAGGAAAAUGUCAACCUCCGAGUGCGCGGAGAAUGGAAAGAGGAAUGAUGAUAAAAUUUCGGUCGAGGAUGUACGCGCCUCCAAAUUUCGACAAGCGCUACCGCAAUGUUGCGCGGUUAGCGCCAAAAAUUUACUACUGCUCACGUUCGGUUCUACCUUGGGUUUUUCCACCAUCCUCAUUCCCUCCUUACAAAGGGAGGAUACGGAUAUCAAAGUCACUAUGGAAGAGCUGACAUGGAUAAGUAGUCUGAACUUAUUCCUCGUGCCAAUCGGCUGUCUCGUGAGCGGGCCGCUUUCGCAGCAUUACGGCAGGAAGCGCACGAUGCUGCUGUCGAACAUUCCGUUCGUGGUGGCCUGGCUGAUGUUUCAUUAUGCCAGUAAUUCAGCGAUGUUGUUCACGGCGCUCGCGCUAACCGGACUGACCGGCGGUCUUCUGGAAGCACCGGUCUUGACCUACGUCGCCGAGGUGACACAGCCUCAUUUGCGUGGCAUGCUCUCCGCGACUUCCUCAUUGUCCGUCAUGCUGGGUGUCUUCACGCAAAUGUUGAGCGGCACUUUGGCCCACUGGAGAAUGGUGGCGUUGAUCAAUCUGGCUUACCCGAUUCUUUGCUUCCUCUCUUUGUGCCUGGUACCCGAGAGUCCACAUUGGCUCGCUGCUAAAGAUCGUCUCUGGGAGUCAGAACAAGCUCUCUGCUGGCUACGAGGCUGGGUAGCUCCGAACCAGGUGAGAGACGAGUUCCAGGCGCUCUGCGAGGCGGUGCAGAAGCCGGCCGUCGGCCGAGGGGCAGAAGCCUUCCCCGAGGGCAAGGAGGAGGAAAAGGCCUGGCGGGCAUACACCAAGCGAACGUUCUAUCUGCCUUUUAUCCUAGUCACCGCGGCCUUCUUCAUCGCCGCCUUCGGCGGCAUCGCAACCUUGCAGACUUUCGCCGUCGUGAUAUUCGCGAAGCUAAAGACGCCGAUCGACAGCUACGCGGCCGCGGUGUUUUUGGGCGUCGCGCAAUUGUUCGGCACUUUGAUCUGCGUAGUGGCGAUUCACUUGGCGGGGAGGCGUAUAUUGUCCUUCUUGUCGAUCAGCGGCACCGGCCUGUGCUUCCUCCUGGCCGCUAUUUACGGCUACCUGAGCGACGCGGAGUACUUGGACGGGACGAAGUACACUUGGAUGCCGACCACCCUUAUGAUAGGCGCCGCUUUCGCGUCGCACAUCGGUAUCAGAUUGUUGCCGUGGAUCCUCAUCGGCGAGGUGUUCCCCGUGAAGGUACGCAGCGGCGCGACAGGAGCGGCCGGUUCGAUCGGCUACAUUUUCUCAUCGAUCGCGAACAAAACCUUCCUCUACAUGGUGAACGGAAUGUCGCUCUUCGGCACGUUCUUCUUCCACUUCCUGAUCAAUCUGGUCGGCGGCUGUUUGCUAUUCGUGAUAUUACCCGAGACCGAAGGUAGAACUUUGAGGGAGAUCGAGGAGCAUUAUGCCGGCGUGCAGAACCUGAAGGACCGGCCCAGAAAGGAAGAGCACGCCCUCAAGGAAAAGUGGGCAGCCUCGAAUCCGGCGGUCGUCUACGACGAAAGUAGCGAGAGCAAACUGUAGAUCGUCUCGAACACAUUUUGCCCUAGGUGAUAACGUGUUAUCUCACUCGUCCCGUUAAUACAAAGUUGCGUUUGAGUGCCUAAGUGAUAACGUUAUCUCACUCGUCCUGUUAAUACAAACUUGCGUUUAAGUGGACGAGCUAAAUUUUCAGUUUCCCCAAAGGGAUAUUAAUAGCUUCGACGAUGGUCGAUCUUUUUAUAGACACGGCUGCAAUUAAAUGUAAUAACUGUGCAGUUUACUCUGUGCCGCUAUAACAGGAACGAUUCUGGGGGAGAAUAAUCACGCAAACAAAUCGAUUGCAGUCGACGUUAAAAAGGAAGAGAGAGAAAGAGGAGAGAUGAUAGAAUAUAAAAAUUAAUUGAUUGAUGAAAAAUAGCGUAGAGCGGAGCACAAUUAAAAACACGACUUUAAUGAUGCCCUGGUAAAACUUCCGCGAAGAAGCUGAAGAACGAAUGUGCUAUUCCGCGAGAAGCGAAAUUGUGAUUUAUCAUUUCGCGAAAAAAAAAGGAGCCGGGCUCUUAAUAUCGCGCCGUUAUUUGCAAAACGCUCGAGAAACAAAUGUUGCCUUAUCGAUCUCGUUCGCUACCGCUUAUAGAAGCUUUCACGAGGUUUUUUCUUUCGCGAUUCUGUUGCGCGAUUAGGUAUGUUUACGUUAGUUUUAAUAAAUACACGAUUGCCCCAAGUGAAGCUUAACUCUAACUAUACCGACGUGAACGUAUAUUUUGUUCUCGUGUGACGAUUUAACAAUCCUUAGUACUAAACGUACUAACUACAGGAUGCUAAAACGGUUUCAUCUUUGUAUUUAGUAUAAAUAUCGUUCACGAUGGAAUAUUAUACUUUCGCCCGACGAAAGUGAGAAUUCUUGACAAAUAGAGAGGCUGUAUA